AUGCGGCUUUCCGUCUUCCUCCUCCGAAUCUUCCAGAUACUCCUUCCUCUUGCGAUCCUUGCGACGACAUACCUGUAUCUAUACCCGGUGUUCCAAGGAUGUGCCUUUCCUGAAGCGAAAGGCGCUGAGACGGCUGUCAGCAGGGGAGAGCAAGCGCCAUUCCGAUUACUCGCGCUCGCGGAUCCGCAGUUAGAAGGCGACACAAGCAUUCACGAUGCAAGAUGGGGCAGCCUGGAGAGGAUACAGAGGACUCUGGAGGGCAAUCUGGACUUUGAACAGCUGUGUAGAGAUGUACAAAGUCUGUUCCAAGAGGACGUCCCACAGGCAUUUCGGAGUUAUCGCAAGAGGCUGGAUCUCUGGGGCAAUGAUCUAUACCUGGCACAUGUGUUUCGCAGUGUGAAAUGGUGGACAGAUCCAACGCAUGUCGUUGUGCUUGGCGAUCUUCUGGGGAGCCAAUGGAUCGGAGAUGAGGAGUUCUGGCGACGGACGGAGAGAUUCUGGGACGUGGUUUACAGAGGAGGCAGCAAGGUUGAGGAGAGCAUUAUGGAUGCGGAUACGACAGAAGUUCUCGGCGCAGACAAGCGGUGGCGAGAGAGGAUUGUUGCUGUUGCUGGUAAUCACGAUGUUGGAUAUGCUGGAGAUUUGGAUGAUCAUCGGGUGAAGAGGUUUGAGGAAGCUUUUGGGAGAGUGAACUGGGAGGUACGAUUUCGGUUGGAUGAGGCCAAAGCGAACCAGAAUGCAAAUCUAGAUUAUGUGGCAUUUGAAACGCCAACGCCAACGCCGGAGCUGAGGCUGACGGUUCUGAACUCCAUGAAUUUGGACGAGCCUGCGAAGCAUGCGGAGCUCCGACAGGCCAGCUUGGAUUUUCUGGAUCGAAAGCUACAUCAGGAGCGUCUCACGGAAGAUACUGGCACCGUCUUGCUCACUCACAUACCUUUAUUCAAAGAGUCUGGAAUAUGCGUGGAUGGGCCAUUUUUCGACCACUUCGAAGGACAUCAUGGCGGAGGCAUCAAAGAACAGAAUCAUCUCAGCCACGACGUCAGCACAUCCAUUCUGAACGGCGUAGUAGGUCCGGAGAGACGGCACAAGGCUAUAAUUUUGAAUGGCCACGAUCAUGAGGGAUGCCAGACAUACCAUUCUCGUGCAAACAAGACACUGGGCAUCUCCGAGCAAGACGAGCAUACCUCUCAAGAACAUUGGCAGGUACAGAACUAUUAUUCUCCUGAGCCUCACACUGGAGGGUUUGGCGUUCGAGAAAUUACAGUUCGAAGUACGAUGGGCGAAUUUGGUGGAAAUGCAGGUCUUUUGAGUGCAUGGUGGGACAAUGAUACCCGGGAAUGGAAAUUUGACUACGAGUCUUGCAUCUGCGGCGUUCAGCAUAUCUGGUGGGCUGUGCAUGUGCUCGACAUUGUCGAGAUUGCAUUGGGAAUCGGUGCAUUGAUGGCAUUUCUCAGCGAGGAUAUCAGCAGGCCUCGAGCAGGCAGGGUUACGAUUACGAAGAAGACGGCAUGA